AUGUCUGAUACCACAACCUAUGAUACCGAUUCUGAAAACGAAUAUAUAAGAAGAUUUUCUAGGAAGCCCGAGGCUUCGGUUGAUGCCUUUGUUUUACAACAAAACAGAAAGUUUGACGACUUGAUCCAGAAGAAUUUACUGGUAUAUGAGAAGGAGCAAAAGGAACAAGAAGCCAUGACUGCAGCUGCCGAGACUAUCAUCGAGGGGAAGACUACCGAUGAGGACAUGUCAGGUAUUUUCAGUCGGAUCAAUAAAGUGGAAGAAUAUCUAUUGAGCCGAGUUGUUGAUAUAUCUGUAUCUCGAUUUGUGGGAAAUGUGCCACCAGGAUUACAACGUACGCUUAAGAGUGUCAAUCCCAGUUGGCUCUUUGGAAGAUGGAAUAGCUUGGGUCCACAGAAAGAAAAAAUAGGUACUGAUUUAUCACCCCUUAAAGAAGCAUAUAGUAGUGAAGAAUCUGAGGAGAACAAUGAAGAAAUGAAACUAUUGGCUGAAGAAGAGAAACGACGCAUCCAGCUUUUUCUCUUAUCAUUGGACGAUGACACCAAACAGCUAAUGUUUAAUCAGUUAAGUUCGCAAAUGGACAAUUAUGUUGUGAUGCCGGCAGAGGAAUAUGAGAAAUCAUUGAAAGGAAUAACUGGAGGUGAUAGAAUGUUCAUCCAGGGAAGCGGGAAAUCACAUUUUCUUGAUAAAUUUGAACAAGUGACAAUUCUAUCGAUUAAGAUCUUUUUCGUUAUGUUGAAACUUUCUAUACCAAUGGCUAAAUAUUUCUAUACCAAGUUUUUGUCCAACGAGUACUUUUUGUUAAAUUACGACAAUUUCAAUCGUUUCAUUCAGUUUAUGAUUAACUUGUUGAAUUCAUUAGAGAACGAGUUACUGAAUAAUGAAAAAUUGGCUCAAUUUCAAAGAUCAAUGGAUAAUUUGAAUGAACAAGAACAACGUCGCUUGUUUUUUCUACAAGAACGUGAACAGCUUCAAAGACAAUUUGAAGGUCAAUCAAUGAAUGCCGAAGGCGACUCUGGAAUUUUAUUAAUGCCUGAAGAGGCGAAUAAUUCCACAUGGGGAUCAAAAGGAAAGUUAAUCUCGUCAUUUGUAACAUCUGUUAACUCUAAUGGUGCUGCAAAUAAUAGCCCUUCAACCCCAUCUUCUAAUGACAUUACAAGGUUUGAGGAAAUCGAUAUGCUUGAAUCAUCUACAAGUCCUGCCACUAAUUUCGACUUACAAGAUCCCAAGUAUAUCAAAUAUUUUUCACCUUCAAAAAGACUAGUAAACUUGGGCUACGUUCCUGAAGUACAAGUGAAUAACUAUGGUGUCAGUCGCACUAGUUCUCAAAGCAAAGGCUUACUGGGCUCUGAGGCCGAUGAUGAGAAAUAUGAUGAUAAAGGACAUAUCAGUGUCUUAGAUGCGGCUGAAAUGUUUGCUGAACAAUUAUAA